GACUUUGGUUAACUCAUCACCAGCUACAUGAGGGACAAAUUGCACCUGGUCACUGAAUUUAACCUGGUAUUGAUCCAUUGCCAUAUCUCCUUGCUUGAAAUCGUUCAGUUCUUAUUCUUUCGUAUCGAGCGUAGCUUGAGAGAAGUAAGUUUCAUAUUGGUUCUUAACAAAUCCCUUCCAAGUAACAUUCUCUGUCCUACAGUUGAAUCCCUCUUUAGUUGGCUUCCACUAGUUUCUGGCCUCACUUCUAAGCAUAAAAGUGGCCAACCUGACCUUAUAUUGUUCCUUGCAAUUCAUCACUUCAAGUAUUUGCUCCAGGUCAUUCACCCACUCAUCAGCAUUUCUGGUGUCCUAGGUUCCUUUGAAAAUUGGAGGACUCCAUUUCUGAAAUUAUUUCUGCACAGCCUGAUGAGAUGGUGCAGCUCACUGAAGCUGGUGUGUCUAAGGAAAAGAGCCACCAUUUCCAUGGAGGCUGUCUUAGCAGCCACAAGUGUGCUCUGGUUUGCAGGAAUGAACGAUUCUCUGGUGGCAGAUGCUGUCGCUUCGGAUGCCGGUGCUUAUGCCCCAAGUUUUGUUGAUUGGCAGUCAAAAACGAGGAUCUACAUGCAUCGGUUUUAAGGAAGAAAACGAAAAUCUUAUAGCUGAAAAAAGGAAACUGCUGCAGGAAAAUGUAGACUAGAUGCCUGAAAAUGGGAAAUUCUUGCAAGAAAAUGAUGACUUGAAGGUCCAAUGUGAGGCAUUUGUUAAGAAUAGCAAAGGACCGGAGAAGAAAGUGAAGAAAAGUGAAAAGAUCUGUGUCAGGGCACUUAGUUGUCAAAUAUUUUGUGGUUUCUGUUAUGUCUUCUUGGUUCCAUGUUUAAUGGGUUGCAUAGGUUGCAUUAAAUAUUGUUUGAAAAAGGACAGGAUGGGAGACUUGUGCAUUUUGUGCAUUAUCUGCCUUUUGAUAUAAUAGGAAUGUAAUUAAAAUAAAAAUACAAAUAUCAU